AAUCAUCAUCAAAUAUCAAAUAAAAAUCAAAAAUUAUGAAAUCUAGUUUUGUAUAUUUAAGUGAUAUCUUUUCUAAUAAAACUGAUUGUUCAAGGCCAUAGAUACAGUACAUUAGUACAACAGAAUUAAGAUAGACAUAAUUUCAUGAUCUAAAUAUGAACAUAAAACAAAAUUGGUUUUAUUUGAUUAAUAUUAUUAUUAUUAAUAUUUUAAUAAUUGUAGCAGUAUCUGACAGCGUAGAGGAACCAGAAAUUAAGUUGGUGAAUGUGAUAUUUAGACAUGGAGAUAGAACCCCAAAUAAAGAAUUAUAUCCAAAUGAUCUAUACAAAUCAUAUGAUUUUUAUCCAAUGGGUUUUGGAGAAUUGACAAAUAAAGGUAAAAAACGCGCUUAUGAGCUAGGCAAAUUUCUCAGAUUCAGAUAUGGAAACUUCUUGAGUAAAAUUUAUACUCCAGAGCAAGUAAAAGCUCGUACUACGGAUUAUUCUAGAACAAAAAUGUCCUUACAACUUGUUCUUGCUGGAUUGUUUCCACCUAUAAAUAUUCAAAAAUGGGACACUAAUAUAAAUUGGCAACCGAUCCCAUAUACAUAUGUUCCAACGAUUGAAGAUAAUAUCUUAUUACCAAUGGAUUGUCCUUUAUAUUCAGAGGAAUAUCAAAGAGUUUUAAAAACACCCGAAGUCAUACAGAAGAUGGCUGAAUUUAGUGAAAUGAAUGCCAAUCUAACCAAAUGGUCUGGAAAACAAAUAAAUAAUCCUUUAGAUAUGUAUUCUUUAUAUAAUAUUUUUAUGGCCGAAUGGAUGAUGGAUCUUCCCUUGCCUGGAUGGGUCCUCUCUGUAUUUCCAGAUGGCCAUCUCAAAGAUGGCAUCAUAUAUUCUUACGAAGUUGCUAAUUUAAAUACUAAAUUAAAAAGACUUUCUGGAGGUCCAUUGUUAACAGAAAUGGUAGAAAAUAUGUUAGCUUCUAAACAUGGAAAACUAAAAGGAAACAAAAUCUACUUAUACAGUGGUCAUGAAACAAAUAUUGGUAGCAUGUUAAAUGUUUUAAAUGUAUAUAAACCACAUGUUCCACAAUUUUCCAGUGCCGUUAUAUUAGAAUUACUUCAAACUAAUCAAACUUAUUAUAUUAAGGUAUUAUAUUAUACAGGCAUUCCGCCAAAAGCAGUAGAACUUCAAAUCCCUGAUUGUCAAGUGUUAUGUCCAUUUGAUAAAUUUAUGGAAAUAACUGCGUCUUAUCGUCCGUCUGGCGAAGAAAUAAAAAUCGCGUGUCGCAAAACGCAAACAAAUAAGUAAUUUGCUAGACAUAUACUAAGAAUUUAUAUAAAAAUGAUAAAAACUAAUAUAUAUGUAUAUAUACUUAUAUAAUAUAUAUAAAGAACUUAUUGAUCAAAAAUCUUAAGCAUUAUUCGUUUGUUAUUUCUUUUACAUAAUUACAUUUGUACAAAAACAUGGUUAGUAUUUA